CAAUUUGUCACCAACUAAACGUCACCCGCGAGUCGAUCGUCGACGAUUUCUCGGGACGUUCGAGUUAAUUUUGAUUAAAAAUUCUAUUUGUUAUGUACUAAAAUUAAUAUAAAAAAUGAGGAUCACAAAUGUGCGACGGGGCCGGAUCAUCCGCAUGGGAGCGGCAUGCGCGAUCCUAUUACUUUUACUAUUCGCUUUGCAUAAGUGGUCCACGGAUACUGGUGCUAUUGAAUCUGAAAGAGAAUUAAUUUCGGACUCCCAAUCUGCAUUUUAUAAAUCACAUCGUAACGUUUACCCGACUUUGAAGACAGAACUCGGCAACUUCGAGCCAAGAGAUCUCCAUAUCGUGAAAGGCCCCGGCGAAGAAGGCAAGCCCUACCACAUGCCGCAGGACAGGGCCAAUGAUAUCGCAGAAUCUGAGAGUGAAUACGGCAUGAACAUAGCCGCUUCUAAUGAUAUCGCUAUGAACAGAUCGAUUCCGGACACUCGUCUGGACGAGUGCAAGUACUGGCACUACCCCACAGAGCUGCCGAGCACGUCAGUCAUCAUAGUGUUCCACAACGAAGGGUUCUCAGUGCUCAUGCGGACAGUACACUCUGUUAUAAACCGCUCCCCACCUAAUAUACUGCAUGAAAUUGUAUUGGUCGACGAUUUCUCAGACAAAGACAACUUAAAAACAAACCUAGACAACUACAUAAAGAGAUGGAAGGGCAAAGUACGUUUAAUAAGAAACACUCAACGUGAAGGUUUGAUACGAACUCGAUCGAGAGGAGCUCAAGAGGCGACCGGUGAAGUUAUCGUAUUCUUAGACGCCCACUGCGAAGUGAACCUCAACUGGCUACCACCACUCCUCGCUCCUAUCUACAGAGACUAUAGGAUCAUGACAGUCCCAGUCAUCGACGGCGUGGACCAUAGAACCUUCGAGUACAGACCAGUCUACCAACAGGGCAUGAACUACAGAGGUAUCUUCGAAUGGGGCAUGCUCUACAAAGAAAAUGAAGUACCAGACAGAGAAGCAAACUUACACAAGUACAAAUCAGAGCCUUACAAGAGUCCAACACACGCUGGUGGUCUUUUCGCCAUCAACCGAAGAUAUUUCCUCGAAAUAGGAGCGUAUGACCCUGGUCUUUUAGUGUGGGGUGGAGAAAACUUCGAACUGAGUUUCAAAAUCUGGCAGUGCGGUGGUAGUAUAGAAUGGGUGCCUUGUUCAAGAGUUGGGCAUGUGUACAGAGCGUUUAUGCCUUAUUCUUUCGGAAACCUUGCCAAGAAUAGGAAGGGAUCCCUCAUCACAAUUAACUAUAAGAGAGUUAUAGAGACUUGGUUUGACGAGGAACAUAAGGAGUAUUUCUAUACAAGGGAGCCAAUGGCUCGGUUCUUGGAUAUGGGUGAUAUUAGUGAGCAGUUGGCGUUGAAGGAUCGUCUGAAGUGUAAAAGCUUUGGGUGGUUCAUGGAGAAUGUGGCUUACGAUGUGUAUGACAAGUUCCCUAAGCUACCGAAGAACAUUCACUGGGGCAUGGUGAAGAACAAAGCCACUGGAGUCUGUCUCGACACUAUGGGCAAGGGUGCUCCAGCUUACAUAGGUACGGCCUCAUGUCAUGGUUCAGGCAACAGUCAACUGUUCCGCCUGAACGAGGCUGGUCAGCUCGGCGUGGGAGAACGCUGCGUCGAAGCUGACGUGGACAACGUGAAGCAAGCCUUCUGCAGGCUCGGCACUGUUGAUGGACCUUGGAGCUACGACGAAGAAAAGAACCACCUCAUUCACCGUUUACACGGCUACUGCCUCACGUUACAACCGAACUCACGGCAACUUGGCCUAGUACCGUGUGACCCUAACAACACCUAUCAAAAAUGGACCAUUACGCAUAACAAGCCCAACUGAGCCGAUACCGCAAGUGGUUUAAAUAUAAAUAAAUUGUUUAGUAAAAUAUCUAAGGGAUCAUCUAAUAUAAUAUAUCUUUGGCCCUUUUUAUCCUACCACUGUUACAUAAGGCCAUUUUAUUUUUAUAUCUUACACGAUCGAUUCAGACGCGACAUACACGUGCGUGACUGUAACUCCGCCAUUACGUAUAAGAUGAGGUCGCCGAAUGUGGUUCAACUUUUAAAUAAAUAUACAUAAUAUUGCCGGCAACCAUUUUGUAAAUUUCGCGCGGAAAAAUAGGAAAUAUUUUAACAGUACUCAGAUUAAAAUUAUUAAAAACUAGUAGUAUCUACAGUUCACUGUACAUCAAAACGAUAAAGAAACUGUUUUUAAUGUCCAAAAGAUUUGUUUUAAACAACUUAUGAACUUAAUAUUUUAAUUAUGAAAAAGACUAAAAACGAUUACAGCGCUACCAUGACGCACACAUGUUUACAUUUUUCUGAUUACAUUUCAAUAUUUUUUCAAUAAAUUCUAGAACCGUUCUAAAAAGACUGAAUAUCUGGUAAAUAUUCCCUAUUUUUCCGCUUUCGUAAAUAAUUAUAUUAAAUAUGUAUUUUACCUGUAUCUUGUCUAACGAAUGUCUUGUAUGGAAUUAUUUUUAAAGUUUAUAAAAUGUUUUCGGCAUUUCUCCCGUUUUCCAUUUUGACUUAAACACAAUACAUUCUCCACAUAACCGCCAAUAAUUGUUAUUGAAUUUGAUUCCUUGUGUUUUUCAUAUCUUUAUAUGUUUAGGUCAAAAUAUAAAUGUGAUGUGAAUGAUAAUUAGAACGGUCAAAACGGAGAAUAGCCAUUCUUAUUCUUAUGUACUUAAAAUGUAAAACAUUCCUAAUUCUUUAUGAUGCGCUCUCAGUGUUAAGCUCAAGUUUUGUCAAUAAUUUUGUGUCAAACAUAUCGAAGAUUUCGCAGAUGUAACUAAAGCACCGAUAAUAUAGAAUGUAUUGAAUUCAUUUUUCUUCAGAAUCUCUUUUGCAUGACAGAUGGGGAGUUAAUUCUGAAUAUUUGCUUGUUUAUUUCUCUGUAACAUAUUUUUAUAAUAUGAGAUCCUAAUUAAAUUGAUGUCUUCCUUAAACUGAAUUCAGUAUAAGGAACUUUAUGUGUAUGGGCAAAGAGUAUGUUUUCAAUCAUCACACUAGGACUAACAUAAAAAGCUUCAGAAGAAAAUAUUUUUUACUGUAAAACUGGAAUUAAGCUACAGAGUGUUUGCAAAGGCGAAAGAGGCAUCUUAUAAAAAUAUAAUAACAACUUAAGCAAUAUUAUUAUUUAAAACAUUUGGCACACUCUCUAGUAAUAAAAAAUUACCUAAAUAUUAGUAAGGACUGAUAUGUAUAAGGAUACGUUCAGAAAAUUACGGUAGCACCCUCAAACGUAUCAGUUGGGUGGAGUAAAGUUAUAAAAUUGUAAGCUAAAAUUAAAACAUGCUUUAUAGUAGGCAAAAUUGUAGUUUUUCUAUAAUAUAUUUGUAUUAUUAUUCUUCCAUCAACCAUUUAUGUAUAAAAUAACAUGUUUUUCAAAUAACUAUGUUUUAUUAAUUAUUAUAUUAUGUUAUCGGCUUACUCAGGUAAGGUGUUUGACGAGGAACGACUAGUUUCAAGCCAUGCUAGAGGCUCAUAUUCCUCGUCAAACAGUUACGUGAGUAAGCCGAUAACAUAUAAUAAUUAAUUUAGUAUAUCUCACGAAAGUUACAAUAAAACUAUGUUUUAGUUUUAAGUUGUGUGUACUUAGAAUGUUGGAUAUUGAAAUCAUCGACCGCUGCAUUUAU